AUGGUCAUUUCCAUAAUACUAAAUGUAAAUGAGAUGUGUCAUUGUUCUCAACUUAUUGAUGAAAAUGAUUGUACUAAAUCUGCUCUUCAGUGUAGUUGGGAUUUUUGUUCCUAAAAAUGCUAAAAAAAUCAUGUUUAGAGAUCACAUAUUCUACCUCUUGCUUAUAGUAAUUAUCGAGAUGUUUUUAGGUUAAUGGUAUAUGCCAAGGCUUUACCGAUUGCUAGAUCCUUAAAGGAUCAUCUUAAUCUAGUUGCAUCAAUUAAAAAAUUUAUUGUUCGGCUUCAAAAGGCACCGAUUGUUAAUCUAUAGAUAAUUUCUAAAAUUGUACAUCCAUUACUACUACAGAUAAUUGUAACAAUUACUAUUCAGCUGAAGGAUUAUGUAUCUGAAAUGGGCAAAAAUGCAUUGAACCUACAUCUUGUUCUCAAUUAUCUAAUAGUAUAUAUCCUUUUUGUAAUUUGA